CAGCCUGGUCACCGAGAUGAAGACUCUGGGAUCCAGAGAGGUUCACCGUCUUGCCAGAGCUCACACUGCCAGGGUCAAAGCCAGGCCAUGGACGCGGAGGACGACCCGUUGCUGCAGGAUGUUUGGCUAGAGGAGGAGCAGCAGGAGGAGGACGAUGCCACGGGCGAGGCUCCCGGGAGCACCCUGAGGCCGGGAGGCCAGGCUGGGGCAGGGCGGCGGGGCGUCUGGCGGCUCCCGGCCUCCGGCUUCUGGAGCACCCUGGGCUGGGUGUUCACCAACCCGUGCUGCGCGGGGCUGGUGCUCUUCCUGGGCUGCAGCAUCCCCCUAGCCCUGUCCGCCUUCAUGUUCCUCCACUGCCCGCCGCUGGAUAUCGACAUCUCCUACAAUGCCUUUGAGAUCCGCAACCACGAGGCCUCGCAGCGCUUUGACGCCCUGGCGCUGGCGCUCAAGUCUCAGUUUGGCUCCUGGGGGCGCAACCGGCGAGACCUAGCGGACUUCACCUCCGAGGUCCUGCAGCGCCUCCUCUCAGAGCAGCUGCAGCAGCUGCGCCCCGGCAACCGCUCGCGACCAGCCGCCAGGGAGCAGCACGCCGCCCCCGAGGCCCCAGGGCCUGCCCACUGGCCCACCGCCACUCACAGCGGACGUCUUCGCCGCCGAGCCCCGCCCCUGAAACGCCCGCCGGCCAAUCGGGGCGAAGCGGACGAGGGUGGGCGGCGCCCGGCCACCAGCGCCCCUCCCCCCGCGGCGGCCGUGGCCAAUCAGAGCCGAGCCCGCCGGGGUGCCUCGCGCUGGGACUACGCCCGGUCUUCUGUGAGCGCCAACACGCAGACACAUGCGCACUGGCGCAUCGAGCUCAUCUUCCUGGCACGUGGUGACGCGGAGCGCAACAUUUUCACAAGCGAGCGGCUGCUCACCAUCCACGAGGUGGAGCGCAAAGUCAUGGACCACCCGGGCUUCCGCGAGUUCUGCUGGAAGCCGCACGAGGUGCUCAAGGACCUACCACUCGGCUCCUACUCCUACUGCUCGCCGCCCAGCUCACUCCUCACCUACUUCUUCCCCACCGAGCGUGGUGGCAAGAUCUACUAUGACGGCAUGGGCCCCGACCUGGCAGACAUCCGGGGCUCCCUAGAGCUGGCCAUGACUCACCCUGAGUUCUACUGGUAUGUGGACGAAGGCCUGUCCGCGGAGAACCUCAAGAGCUCUCUCCUGCGCAGUGAGAUCCUGUUUGGAGCCCCCCUGCCCAACUACUACUCGGUGGACGACCGCUGGGAGGAGCAGCGGGCCAAGUUUCAGAGCUUCGUCGUCACCUACGUGGCCAUGCUGGCCAAACAGUCCACCAGCAAAGUCCAGGUGUUGUACGGGGGGACCGACCUGUUCGACUACGAGGUGCGUAGCACCUUCAACAACGACAUGCUCCUGGCCUUCGUCAGCAGUAGCUGCAUAGCCGCCCUGGUCUACAUCCUCACCUCCUGCUCAGUGUUCCUGUCAUUCUUUGGGAUUGCCAGCAUCGGCCUCAGCUGCCUGGUGGCCCUCUUCCUGUACCAUGUCGUCUUCGGGGUGCAGUACCUGGGCAUCCUCAAUGGGGUGGCCGCCUUCGUUAUUGUGGGCAUCGGCGUGGACGACGUCUUUGUGUUCGUCAACACAUACCGCCAGGCCGCCCACCUGGAGGACCCCCAGCUCCGCAUGAUCCACACCAUCCAGACGGCCGGCAAGGCCACCUUCUUCACCUCCCUGACGACGGCGGCCGCCUACGCGGCCAACGUCUUCUCGCAGAUCCCAGCGGUCCACGACUUCGGACUCUUCAUGUCACUCAUCGUGUCCUGCUGCUGGCUUGCCGUGCUGUUCACCAUGCCAGCUGCCCUGGGCAUCUGGAGCCUCUACAUGGCACCUCUGGAGGGCGCCUGCCAGAGCAGCUGCCACCAGAAGUGUGGGCACAAGAGCUCCCUGCACUUCCCAGGGGAUGUGUUUGCCGGUCCUGAGCGGGCAGGGGACAGCCCCCCCCAGGGCCCCCUGCCCUACCUGGACGAUGACAUCCCUCUACUGAAUGUGGAAGAGGAGCCAGUGUCCCUGGAGAUGGGAGAUGUGUCCCUGGCCUCUGUGCCCCCGGAGCACCUGAUGCCAGGCCCCGACGGGGGCAGCAGGGGGCAGCUCAUAGCUCAGCUGCAGGAGCUGCUGCACCACUGGGUCCUAUGGUCGGUCGUCAAGAGCCGCUGGGUGAUUGUGGGGCUCUUUGUCACCACCCUCGUCCUGUCGCUGGUGUUUGCCAGCCGCCUCCGGCCCGCCAGUAGGGCACCUCUGCUCUUCCGGCCCGACACCAACAUCCAGGUGCUGCUAGACCUCAAGUACAACCUGAGCGCCGAGGGCAUCUCCUGUAUCACCUGUUCAGGUCUCUUCCAGGAGAAGCCACACAGCGUCCAGAACAACAUCCACACAUCCCUGGAGAGGCGGAGACACAGCCCAGGAGUGUCCUGGACCAGCCGGCCAGAGCCCACCCUGCGGGACACCCCGGGGACCGUGUACAUCUCCCAGGUGAAGGCCCGGGGCCACGCAGCUGUCUACAGGUUUGCACUCAACACCAGCCUGCCCGUGCCUUGGCAGACCGUGUCCCCAGGGGAUGGGGACGUGCCCUCCUUCCAGGUGUAUAGAGCGCCUUUUGGUAACUUCACCAGGAAGCUGACCGCUUGUAUGUCUACAGUAGGGCUGCUCCAGGCGGCGAGCCCCGCCCGCAGGUGGAUGCUGACGACCUUGGCCUGUGAUGCCAAGCGGGGCUGGAAGCUUGACUUCAGCUUCUACGUGGCCACCAAGGAGCAGCAGCACAGCCGGAAGUUGUACUUUGCACAAUCCCACAAGCCUCCCUUCCAGGGGCGCAUUUGUGUAGGCCCCCCCGGCUGCCAGCUGAGCUCCAGCCCUGACGGACCAACCAAAGGCUCCUUUUACGUGCCCAGUGAGAAAGUGCCCAAGACCCGCCUCUCGGCCACCUUCGGCUUCAACCCCUGCAUGAACACGGGCUGCGGGAAGCCAGCUGUGCGGCCGCUGGUGGACACGGGAGCCAUGGUCUUCGUGGUCUUUGGCAUUGUCGGCAUCAACCGCACACAGCAGGUGGACAACCACGUCAUCGGGGACCCGGGCAGCGUCGUCUAUGACAGCAGCUUUGACCUCUUCAAAGAACUCGGGCACCUGUGCAGGCUGUGCAAGGCCAUCGCGGGGAACUCUGAGCUGGUGAAGCCGGGCGGCGCCCAGUGCCUGCCCUCAGGCUACAGCAUCUCCUCCUUCCUGCAGAUGCUACACCCCGAGUGCAAGGAGCUGCCCGAGCCCAACCUGCUCCCCGGGCAGCUGUCACACGGGGCGGUGGGCGUCAAGGAGGGCCGUGUGCAGUGGAUCUCCAUGGCCUUUGAGUCGACCACGUACAAGGGCAAGUCCUCCUUCCAGACUUACUCAGACUACCUGCGCUGGGAGACCUUCCUGCAGCACCAGCUGCAGGCCUUCCCAGAGGGCUCGGUCCUGCGCCGAGGCUUCCAGACAUGUGAGCACUGGAAACAGAUCUUCAUGGAGAUCAUCGGGGUGCAGAGCGCCCUGUACGGCCUGGCCCUGUCCCUGCUCAUCUGUGUGGCGGCCGUGGCUGUGUUCACCACCCACGUGCUGCUCCUGCUGCCUGUGGUCCUCAGCAUCUUGGGUAUCGUCUGCCUUGUGGUGACCAUCAUGUACUGGAGCGGCUGGGAGAUGGGCGCUGUGGAAGCCGUCUCUCUGUCCAUCCUCGUCGGCUCCUCUGUAGAUUACUGCGUCCAUCUGGUCGAGGGCUACCUGCUGGCUGGAGAGAACCUGCCCUACCACCAGACCGAGGGUACCCACUCUCAGCGCCAGUGGCGGACGCUGGAGGCCGUGCGGCAUGUGGGUGUGGCCAUUGUGUCCAGCGCCCUCACCACGGUGGUGGCCACCGUGCCCCUGUUCUUCUGCAUCAUCGCACCCUUUGCCAAGUUCGGCAAGAUCGUGGCACUCAACACAGGCGUGUCCAUCAUCUACACACUCACAGUCAGCACCGCCCUGCUGGGCAUCAUGGCGCCGGGCUCCUUCACACGGACCAGGACUUCCUUCUUCAAGGCCCUGGGCGCCGUGCUCCUGGCCGGGGCCCUGGGGCUGGGCACCUGCUUCCUGCUUCUCCGAAGCGGCUACAAGCUCCCGCUGCCCAGCGGGGCCUCCCUAUAGCCGGGGUCCCGGCUGCCCUGCCUGCUGCUCUCUCGCACACUUUGGGCAGGCGGGUGAGGGGCAGAUGCUUGUUUUGACCCCAGAGGCACUUUGUCUCACAGAUCAACUCCAGUCAGCGAUGUCCCCAGGGUGGGUAGGUGACCUGCGGCCCCCGUGUGGUCCCUAGUUCCCCCAUCCUAGAACCUGGCCAGCACUCACAGGUGAAGCUGGCUGCCACCCACUCUGUCAGGUCACCAGGAACUGCACAGUCCCCCACCCCCUUACAGGUAAGCCAGGCCCUGCUCCCACACCAACUCCCCACAGACCAUGACUUUCUGGGGAGGGUCUCCACUCAAAGGUCUCGAUGGGAUGCUACAGAGACUCUGGGCCACAGGUGUGGAAGCCGAGGCCUCAAGGCAGCGGCACCGACCAAUAGCUGAGCCAGAGCCGUACUCAGAGCCUCAGGUCUCCCACGGGGACUACAGGAAGAGCACUGCGUGUCCAAGUGCAGGACUGCCCCUGCCCCUCUCCCCUUCAGUUCCAUCAUGGCUGUUGCUGGGUAGGGGCAUGGUCCUCCUCAGGUGUCCUCAUCCUGGCCAGAAAGGACAGAGGGGUCCUGCCCGGGCUUCUGCAUGUCCUACCCAAGCCCCCAGUCUCAGAGGCCCCUCCUGGGCCCAUGCAGGCCUCGGCACAAUCUUCCGUACAGCUCCAAACCCCUGUCCCCCCACCCCACUUUGAGGAGCAGCCCUGCCGCCUGCUCAGAGCAUAUGGUUCCAGUUAAAUAAACUCAAACCGCAGACAACUGCCAUUAACAUGAGAAUUUUAAACA